GAGAAUAAAUGUCUGUUGGCAGAGGCUGGUGUUAAGUAAUCACCUUUCCUCUUUCUGCUUUGUGGUUGCUGAGAACACCUUUCACAAACUUGACAGUUGCUUUUUCCUUGCCAAAUCAACCUGUGAUUAAACAAAUUGGCAGUUGUGGCUGGGACUAGGGUUACAUCCAGGUACUCUUUGCCCCAUCUGAUUUCUCCACAACAAAGGUAUUAAAAGACUUGCUUCCCAUAAAGCCCCCAAUCCAUCUUCUAAGGCUGCCAUGAAGACUCUCAGCAGCUUGCUUCUUCUGGGCAUCCUAAUCCUUUGGGCAGAGCUGCCCCCUGCAGUUUUGGAAGAGAAGUCAGGUGAGGACAAACAUGACUCCCCACUCUAUACCUAUGGGUACAGCCAUCCUCACACCCUCAAUACAAUUUCCCAGGAAGACAUUCUUAUUGCAGGCAAAGCUGGAAUCUGCCCGAUAUAUCAUUGUUACUGCAUCGGUCCUCUACCAAAUAAGUGCAGAAAUGAUUUUUCUUGCAAAGGAAGGCAGAAGUGCUGUGAAUUUUGUUGUGCAAAGCGCUGUCUGGAUCCAGUAAAAGGUACUUGGCAGAUUAAGACACCUUUUUUUUUUGCUUAUGGUAGAUGUGGAUAUAUAAAUCCAGUGCUCUGUUUCACUGAGUUCUUUAGUCACAGUUGCCCUUCAUUUACUAGACGGCCAGAGAUAAACUACAAUGCUGGCAGAGAAUCUAGGGCUACUUUAUUCCUCUGGCAAGUCUACCUCCAUACAAACCCCUAG